UUUUAAUUUAAUGGCAAAUUUUUCUAUUUAUUCAUGAAAUUCGGAUAAGUGGUCAACAUGGAAAUGAUCAAUGUUUUAACAAUUCUUAUCCUUCUAGUGGCUUUUAUUUUGUACAGGAGAUAUCGACGUGAAAUCAAUUAUGAGAUUCAGGAGAGUUUGAUUGAAGUUGACAGAGAAGCACACGGAAAUCGGAAAGACCAUCCAUCCUGGUCUCAGAGAAGUGCAUUGACUUUGCCUUCAGGAUCAGUGAGCUUCCCAGCAUUAGAAAUGGAAAACUUGGAGCUGCCACAACCUUUAAUGCAAAAACAUUCUGAAGAUGCUUUAUGGGGAAAUAUAAAUUCUCAAGGAACCAGUUCUGACCAACCAUUGGAUUUAUCUAUCAAUCACGAAACUCUUUCUCAAAUUCCAAGGUCUACAGUCACAAACUGUGUCGUGGGGGAAGGAAAUGUUUUCCCACCAUUCAAAAAUUCUGCUGUUGGAGAAGGAAACAUCUUUUCUCCGUUCAUAAAUCCUGCUGUCGGAGAAGGAAAUAUCCUAAAUCAAAUGACAUAUUCAGUUGGAGAAAGAAAUGUCUUCUCCCCAUCCGUAAAUCCUGCUGUCGGAGAAGGAAAUGUCCUCAAUCAAGUGGCAUAUUCAGUUGGUGAAAGAAAUGUCUUCUCUCCAUUCGCUACUCCUGUUGUCGUAGAAGAAAAUGUUCUUCCUCAAUUCACAUAUUCUGUUGUCGGAGAAAGAAAUGUCCAACCUCCAGUCAUGAAUUCUGUUGCCGAAGAAGGAAGAGACUUGGGACAAAUGGACUUAACUUGUGCUAGGUGCUAA